AGAAUGGCUGUUAAUUAUAAAAAUGCCCGGCUUUUGACAAAUUUUAUGGCCUUCAUAUGCGGUUUUUUGGGUGUGGCCUUAUUUGUCACUUCGAUAACCUUCCUUACUUAUCCGAAUUUUAUUGAGUGGUACAUCAGAAUUAACAAAGUGGAAAUCGUUUGCAAGCUAGCGAUUGCACUGUCAGUCCUGGUUUUUCUCGCUGCUGGUGCAAAUUUGGCUGCUAGUAUUCGGGAGGAGCUCAAUCUCCUGAAAUUUUCCAUUGCCUUGAUGGUUAUCGCUUUUGUACUCAAUGCGAUCUGCAUCAUCGUUGCCUUCGUCAUGGAGUUUCGAGCACAGGAAGACGUGAAUGAUCAAAUUUACGCCUUAAUGCGAAAAUAUGGGACGGAGGAGUUCCAAAUGACUACUGAUGUUUGGGAUUUUUUCCAGAAGUCUCGAGAAUGCUGUGGUGCAGAUGGCCCGAGUGACUGGAAAUUUACCCCGUUCUACGAGGAAGGCAACAAAGAACAGAAGAUUCCACGGAGUUGCUGCCGAGCUUAUGCAAGCACCAAGCCUGUCGAACCUGCUUGUCAGAAAAUGACAGACAGUUCUCUGUAUUACACGGAAGGCUGUCGAAGAACAGUGGAUGAUCUUAUAUGGGCGUUUAUCGGCGUUAUUGUUAUUGUUUUGGGUAUUUGUACCAUCUGCGAGAUGGUAGGAGCCAUCUCGUCGUGGAUGCUGGUUAAAGAACUUUCGAAAGACGAUGAGCUUCCUCCAUUGCCACCCCCUCCGGAAAGUGCAACGAACCAGAUGAAUCACGCGGGAACCAUGAGGUCGCAAUCUACUGGAGUGGGAAGUAUCUCAAGUCACAAUUCACAACGACUGCCUGAAAACAAGUUGCGAGCUCCUGUCUCUGUGGCAGGAAGUGUGCGAAGUUCGCAGAGGUCUGGCUAUGGACGCGAAGGUGGCUUUACCCGGAACCACGCUAACUUCAUAAAUCAUCCGCCCAAAUUUAUCCCGCAAAUGCCAGUGGCAUCACCACAGAAAGUCGGAGAUCGACCUCAAAUGCCGCCGCCUUCUCUGCCGGCACCACCGGAGGACAGUAAUGAGUUCGAUGUUUAGUUGAGAACUGAAGAAAGCUUUAAUUUUCAAUUCUGCGUUUAAUUUCCUGGUUUCUUUGAAAGCAUACCUAUUAAUGUAAAUGUCAACAUUUCAAACUAUGCAUCAUAUCAGGUAAAGUGAAAUUCGUAAAUGAAUAUCAGUGACCCAUUUUCAAAAUGUAAAAAGUGUAUAAAUGUUUUUGUACGUUUAAAGUGUAAAAUAUUUUUGUACAAUGUCUGUAA